AUGUCAACUGGUGUCGAGCCUAUUGCUAGUCCCUUGAAAUCUUUAAGAUCUGUCACCUCGAAACAUGCUGGUACAGUCAACUACAUCAAUGCUAAAGAAGCUCAUAAUGCUGAAGAGUUACUAGCAGAAAUCGGUUAUAAGCAAGAAUUAAACAGAACCUUCAGUCCGAUCCAGGUCUUUGGUAUUGCCUUCUCAAUCAUGGGUUUACUUCCAAGUAUUGCCACCGUACUAAGUAUUGGAUUGGUUGGUGGUCCAGCAGCUUUAGUUUGGAGUUGGUUUGUUGGAGGGUUUUUCAUUCUAGGGAUUGGAAUUGGUAUGGCUGAACUCUCAUCAUCUAUCCCAACCUCAGGUGGGUUGUACUACUGGACAUAUUAUUAUUCUCCACCAUCACUUAAAGCAGUUCUUUCCUUUGUGAUUGGUACAUCAAAUUCUUUGGCCCUUGCUGGUGGUGUUUGCUCAAUUACGUACGGUAUGGCUGAACAAGUACUUGCUGCGGCAUCCCUUGGCUCUAAUGGUAGCUUCGAAAUUACAAAUGGGAAAGUUUAUGGUGUUUACGCUGCUUGUAUUUUUGCUGAAUUAUUGGUUACUUGCUUUGCUUCUUCAGCUGUUGCCAAAUUACAAACUGCUUCAAUUGUUGCAAAUUGUGGAUUAAUCGUUUUGUUUUUCAUUGCUUUGCCAAUUGGUACAGUUAGGAAUGCUCAUUUCAAUGACGGCUCAUUUAUCUUUGGAAAAUAUCAAAAUUCAAGUGAUUGGAGUGAUGGAUGGGCUUUUUUCUUAUCAAUGCUUGCCAGUUCAUGGACCAUUGGUGCUUUUGAUAGUUGUUUACACAUGAGUGAAGAAGCAAAGAACCCAACUAGAUCAGUCCCAUUUGGUAUCAUAUCAUCGAUCACUGUUUGUUGGAUAUUAGGUUUUUUGAUCUUGAUUGUUAUCAAUGCUUGUAUUACCACAGAUAUACAAAGCAUAAUUUCCACAGAGCUUGGGCAACCUUUAGCUCAGGUAUUUUAUGAUUCUUUGGGUAAAAAAUGGGCAAUUGCCUUCAUUUCUUUAACAGCUGUCUGUCAGUUUUUAAUGGGUGCUAGUAUUCUAACUGCUAUUUCAAGACAAGCUUGGGCAUUUGCUAGAGAUGAUGGGUUACCAUUCUCUUCUGUGAUUAAAGUUGUUGACAAAAAACUAAAAGUCCCGCUAAGAGCUGUUGCUUUCAGUGCCACUAUUGCGUUAUUAUUGGGUCUUUUGAUUUUGGCUGGUGCAACCGCUGCAAAUGCCUUGUUUUCAAUUGCCAUCAUUGGGAACUAUGUUAGUUGGGCAACUCCUCAAAUUUUGCGUUUCACAAGUGGUAAAGAUUUAUUCAAGCCUGGUUAUUUCUACACUGGUAAGAUAUUGUCUCCAAUAAUUAAUAUCAUCUCUGUUUUGUUCCAGUUCUUCGUUAUUGUUUUGGCUUGUUUCCCAAGCGAGAAGAAGCUAAAUGGUCCCGACACCAUGAACUAUGCUGUUGUUAUUAAUUGUGGUAUAUGGAUUCUCUCUCUAGGGUAUUACUUUGCGUUUAAGAGAAAUAUUUACACUGGUCCAAAGUCAAACUUGAGUGAUGAGGAGUAUAUUGAAGCGGUUGCUCAACAAGAUUUGAUUGAUAAUGUUGUACUCCAAGAGAAGAGCUCAAAUUAG